AGCGGUCUGUUUCACCGUCGAAGUGCUAGCGGGCCGGAGUUUAUUCCUAUUCAUUUUAUAUGGUUCUUGAAUUUGAAUUUCUCGGUUUGGUUUCCCUUUCCUCCACUCGCUUGUUUGUUUGUGAAACCAUUUUGAAAAUUUUUUACCACGUGCCUUUAUUUUGUUUUUUGAGUCGCCGUGUGCGUGUUCAGAUCUGGUCGCUGUGAAGAAGAAAUUAGAACAGUGUUGUACACGUCACAGGAGCUUGUUCAGAACUCCGAAACCUUUGGAACACGACGAGGUAAAAACAUGAGCGCUUCCGCCCUCGCGGCCGGGAAAAGAAAUACUCCGAUUCCGUGGUACAGCCCCUCCUCUUGGAAGUCCAGUUUUUACUUGGGCUUGGAGGGCGACACCGACUGCGGAACCUGGUACGAUUUUUGGAACACCGGACAAGAAUGGGUUACGGAAUUAGCCAUCGUGGUGCCGAUCUUGUUUCUUCUCUGGAAUUCCAAGGUUUCCGACGUUUUCCGGAAACACCUCGGAGUUCUUGCUGUACCUGUAGUCCCUGAUUAUGAGAAUGCCAGCACGAAGAAAUUAUCAGCGACUACAGCUAGUACAGGACAAGACAGCACUCCUAGGUCGAGUGCGGAUGACAAGAACGGAAAGCCAAGGAAGCAACAGCAAGUAGAUUCACCAGCAACUACAACAACAGCACCGGCAGAUGAACAGCUACAAGCGAUGAAAACAACAUCCGAAAAAAUCAAAAUGGCGAAAAGUGAAAUUAUAACUCUGAUUCCAAACCCGUCGUACCGAGACUACCUCAUCGCCCUCCUGAUCGGCUUAUGAACUGCAAAAGUAUCGUACUAGUAUAAAUUGCAAUACAAAUCCGCUCAGCAUUACAAAUCAAAUUUGUAAUGCGGAUUUUCCUUAACAGCCUGAAUUUGUAAUGCAUCGCUGCAAUUAGUACGAGUACGAUACUUUUGCAGUGCAUACGGCUGGCCCCUUCCGUAUCUGAUCCAGCAGCGGCAUGAAUCUAGAUAUGCUGUGCAAAAGUAUCGCACUCGUAUAAAUGCAAGUCUUGCAUUACAAAUCUUUUUCCCAAGGCAGAUCUGCAUUACAAAUUUUAUUUCUCAUGCUGAGGAAAUUUGUAUAUGCAUCUUUACGAAUGCGAUACUUUUGCAAUUCAUACUAGAUCUUUGGCAACCAUGGGCCACGCAUGUCAUUUCGUGUUGACCUGCCAGAUACUAGUUUUGAUCUUACCGAUAAAUAGGAGCAGAACAAGUGGAAGUAGUGCAGCCGUGAGCAGAACUGCUGCUGGAGGAAGCUACUUCGGUGCAGUUGGCGCAACAUCAUUUAUCAAUUUUUUUUCGACCAACUUUCUCGUCUCCCAGCUGCUCCAGCUGGUCGUUAUCCCGCUCACUGCCGCCUACGUGCCACCUCUGGCGAAACCGGACUGGCGUGGCUGGAUAUCAACUGCAAAAAUGUCUGGGUCUGGAAACUUGUGAUGCAAGUAAGGGAAUAGUGAACUCACUAUAAUGCGCUGCCAAGCAUGACAAGCUUUUUCCAUGGCUCUGAGUUGCGCACUCCGCAGGAGAAACUUCGUUUUUGCAUGUCGGGGAGGAGGAGCUCUUCGCGGCCACGCAACACAGAGUUCAGAGUCAUGCCAGACAAGCAUGACAAAUCUCGCAAUCUCCCAGACCCAGACACUUUUGCAUUUGAUACUGGAGCGAGAAGUUUAACGUGGAAUUGCUCCCGAAUUCCGGAAUCGUCAUCAACUUGUACACGUGGAGCUUUGUCGGCGAACACUUGGGGAUGGUAUUUGCGGGCUUGUACAUCCUCUUCUUCUCCCGGUACAGUGUUAUCAUCAAGGAGAUUUUCCAGUCCAAAAAACUUUUUUGGGGUUUUGUUUGGAACAACUACCUCGCCGGGUUUGCGGUCUACCAGGUCUUCUACACGAUUGUUUCCCGACUAUGCAUUGCAAAAGUAUCGUACUCGUAUAAAUGCAUUACAAAUUUCCUCAGCAUGAGAAAUAAAAUUUGUAAUGCGGAUUUACCUUAAGAGCAAGAUUUGUAAUGCAUGUUUGCAAUUACUACGAGUACGAUACUUUUGCACAGGAUACCGACUAGUCCAGUACAACGUGGGGUAUCAACUGUGCCCCCCUGCUAUCCUGUGCAAAUAAAGGAUCGUACUCGUACUAAGCGCAGUCAUGCAAGACAAAUUUCUUUUUCAAGCUAAAUCAGCAUGGUAAAUUCCAUUUGUGAUGCUGAGCUAAUUUGUAUUGCAACACUACGAGAAGUACGGCACUUUUGCAGUUCAUACCGGCCGCGGUGAAAAAGCCGACGGUGAAAAUGCUGGAAUUGGCGAUGGUCGUGUGGAAUUUUUUGGUGGACAAGCUGUUCUUGUUCCAUGGGGUUCUUUUCGCACUACAAAAAACGGCUCUUUUCUACGAAAAAUACCCCGGCCCGACCGAUUGGUACGAUCAGCCAGCGAAGUGGAAUCCGAACUUUGUCGCACCAGGAGCAACAGGCGGUGGAGGUGGAUCCGGAUCAAUAAAUACUGCUAGUUCAACAUCUUUCGUCGACUUAGUAUGGUGUUCUCAAUUGUUACAUUCUCAACUGUUACAUGAUUUUUCAUGCACGGAUACCUUGAGCCGCCAGAUGGUGAAGCUGCUUCGCAUGACAAAUCUGCGAAGGGGUAGGCAGCACCUAAAUGUGUGCGGAAUUUGUAAUGCAAAAGGCGCGAUCCUCCUCCUUUCACUUUUGCCAUUCUUGCAUUACAACCUCGCGUAACAGUUGAGAAUGAUGUAACGUUUGAGAGCGCCAUACUUGGACCGGUUUAACCGGACGCACCCGAUCAUCAACGUCGUGAAGGAUCGGGAGAUCUUGCUGAGGGAAGGGGGAGCGGCGGGAUCGUCUUUGUCUAGCACGCCGUACGUUUGGAACGACAUUUACGCAAACAGAAUAGAAGUGGUACAACGACCACCAGCAGCGGGAGGUCUCGGAGUUCUUUCAAGCGGCAGCGGCAACACAGAUUCUGACUCAAGUACAACUUCAUCUAACGUCACUACCCUCUACUUCAACCUGUGGCACGUUUGGUAUAACAUGUGCAUCAUCGGGUGGCUGCUUGGGCCCUGGUUGAUUCUGACGUUUUACGUGUUUGGGAAAUUCGUUGUCGGGUUUUUUCAACCGAACAACAGCCCGUUCAGGUGGUUCACGCCGGUGAAGGUGAUGGCUGCGGGGUUUGCUGUGCCCUUUCUCUUCUGCUUCCUCGCGGUCGCAGUGGAUCAAGUGGGGAGGGUGGUGAGGGAGAAAUUAUGAGAUUGAUAUUGGACAUCUUCAAGCAGAAGCACCAAUGUUGCGAGGUGGAACGCGAAAUCCAAACUAGUCUUUGAGCAUGUCUACUUUGCUGCUACGUGCCGCUCCGCACGACGCGUUUAGUGAAAAAGAACAAGCGCCCGCUACUCAAGAAGCAAAAAGGAU